CUCAACACCUUGAUCAUGGCACCCAAGAAGAACGCCGCUGCUCCUGCUCCCUCGAUAGUCCCUCCCUCGACGGCCAAACCCUCCCACGGACAAACAUCUGCUUCUUCUCAGCCAACUAAGCCCAUCGCUGCGUCUGCAAAGCCCACAUCGACCAAGUCUACCGUCCGCAACUCGACAGAUGCUCAAGAGAUCGCUUUGGCCGUAUGGGACCGCUAUGUCCAGGACACUCCCCAGCGCGUCAAGCUGAUUGACGUCUUCAUGACUUUCCUCAUCUUCGUUGGCGUUCUACAGUUCCUCUACUGCGUUAUUGGUGGAAACUACUUCGUUCUUACUGCCAGCUUGCGAAUCCAGACCAACCCCCAAAACAAGGCCGACUUCGGCUCCAUAUCACACGAAAGGUAUCAACCAACACACAGCGGCUUCAUGUCUGGCAUAUAUCUGACUUGGAACACANGAGCUUUCGCGGAUUACGUCUUUGGCAGUUUGAUCCUGCAUUUCUUCUGCGUCAACUUCAUCAACUGA